AAGAGAGCAGCCAAGGAUUACCUAAUGGGUUACUAAGCUGCUGUAUUAAAGGUACAGUACCCAUUUGUAGAGAAAAUAUAUGGAUAUCAGCCUUAGCACUGCCUCUCACUGGAACCACAGGGAUUGAAUUGGAAGUAACUUCAUCAACAUAUGCUUUGAGGUGCCAGUAGCUCCAGGGUUCUCCUCAAUCAGUAGAUGAACUUGUACAAAUAUUUGGCACAGACCCAAAGAGAAGGACCAUUAACUCUAACGAUACAAUGGAGGAAAUGUGUAAUGGGAACAGUCUGUGCUCAGGAUAAACAACCCCUCCAAUUUCACUUCUGUGCAAUAACAUCCAGCAACAUAACCAGCAGAGGGACAGACAUCAGGAGAGGAGCUGGACAGAAGGAACUGAGAGCAAAGAGAUAACAGAAUGAAGAUCAGUAGAACCUGGAGCUUGCUGGUAGCCCUGGGCUUUAUUGUGGCUGUAUCAGGCCAGAUCCCAGUCAGUGAACUUUCUGACCUACAGAAGAAGGCGAUGAGCCUCGUUACAGAGCAUUUCUAUGAGAAAUACAACCCCACUUACAACUUUACCACCACUGUACUGGAAGCCUCACAGGAGGAUUUAUUUAGAGGGAUUUUUGUGCGUCUUCACAUCGAGAAACAGCAAAGCAACUGCAGAAGGAACGAUCCAACGGCUGUGAAAUGUAGACCCCGCAGAAAAAAAUUCAGCUGCUUGUCCUGCUUCUUGUUUGAAUAUUACAGCCACAACGUUGUGUCCAAGUUCAUUCACUGUGCGCAGAAUCCAGGGCUGACUAGUGACUGGGAGAUUCAAUGCAGGAGAGUAAAUGAGAAGGCGCCAGAACAACUGCCUGGAGGUUACAGUGUGAUGCUAAGGUCCUCUUCAGAAUUAAGGAGGCCUUCUGGAACAAAGGAACAGAGGAACCUGGAAGCCCAAUGAAUGGAGGAUAUCUGAAAGAACAACCCCCUGAAGAUCCACUCGCAUUAAUCACCGGAGCCUCCCUCCAGCCUUGUCUAACCUUAUAUAUUCUCAUCUAUAUUUCUCAUAUUGGAAUAUAUUGAGAUCAAUGAGGUGCAUCUGUCAUAUUAAACUGAUGAGCCUCCUUGGGCAAGGGUUAUUUACCAUUACUAAGGAUGGAAACUUUAUUAAAUAUCAUUGCAUUCCAA